AUGAUUGCCGAUGUGGUAACUCGGGCGAUAAACUCGUGUCCUUUUAACGCAUUUUGGUCACAAUUAGUUUGGAUGUGCCCUAAGGGAAUAAUUAUAAGAACGGCUGAAUCAGAGAAGGGGCUGUAUUGGUUGCGUCAGCGCACAGAGAGCGGCGGGGCUCAACGCACAAGGUUGCAGAGGUUCAAUGCUCUAGAAAUACGACACCCGACCGCGAACCGCCUGCGCCCAGCGGCCCAGCGCACGGAGCGGCCGCAGUGUACUACGACUGCGUAG